AUGAGCACUAGCGGAAAGUCAUCGCCACCUGUUCCGCAAGUUCCAGUUCAGGACAAGGACCAGGAGCUCCUCACCUCCAUCAAUGCCUUCGUCCACGAUUACAUGUCCAAAUAUGACAGUUCCCACGAUUACCUGCACAUACUACGCGUCGUCUCCAACGCCAACCGCAUUCUACAGGCCGAAAUCAAGGCCAACCCAUCAAUCACAUAUGACACAACGACUCUAUUCCUGGCCGUGCUACUACACGAUGUAGGCGACCACAAGUACGCAAUCCCCGGUGAAGAUGCCGAGAACCAGAUCGCAACUGUUCUGAAGGAGAAAGGGGCAAGCGAAGGUCUGGCCCUCAAAGUUCAAACCAUAGUCAAGAAUGUCUCCUACUCUCAUGAAGUCGCCAAUCCCACGUCUGUUCUCGCCACCCUCGAACAAUAUCCCGAACUGGCCAUAGUGCAAGACGCAGACAGACUUGAUGCGAUUGGCGCUGUGGGCGUAGCGCGCUGUUUCUCGUUUGGGGCCGCCAAGUUCCCUAAGCUACCCAUGUCGAGGGCUGUUGGUCACUUUGACGAGAAGCUGUAUAAGUUGGCGGGGAUGAUGAAGACACGUAGUGGGAAGGAGAUGGCGCAGAGUAGGACCAAGGUGCUAGAAGACUUUGCCAAAGAGUGGGCUGAGGAAACGGAGUUGAGCUUCGAGCUACAGUGA